UUAUUAUUACUACCACGGCUGGCGACCCUCUUCGAAUCUGACCCCCGUCAUCCGUCCUCCGACCCGACCUUUUGGUCCUCCCAUUUACAAGCCCACCUCGCGGCAACUUGCACUCAUUUUUUUUUUCUUCAAGCAACAAAGGAAGGAAUUCAACAACCAUCGACUCUCAUUGCCCUGCAUGGGUAAAUCCAACCAGCAUUCUUUUCACUCUCAACUACCACCACCACAUCAUCGCAGCGCCAGCGUACUGUCCCUUGUGUGGCGGGUUGGCUCCCUCCGAAGCCAUGUCUGAGCCACAUCAUUAUCAUGACCAAGGGGAGGAAGUCGAAAGGGCACCCUCACGGCAGGAGGCAAGCAGGUUAAAUAAGAGGGACUCGAAGCUUGGAUUGAGGAACUUGUUUCACAGAAACAGAUCAGCUACCGAAGCCGAACGAAUGUCGACUGUCGCUCCCAGAGAAACGCCGACGAGAUCCGGUCUGCGCGCCUCCAUCGCCAGUGUCAGCCACUGGCCGUAUGGCCAUGGCCACGCCCAGCGGUCCGAGGUGUCGUUAUCCGGGUCCGGAUCCCCUCUCACGCCUACCUUCCCACCCCAAACUUUGAAACACAAGACAUCAGCAAGUGCAGUGCGUGGACACGCAUCGCCUAGAGCAUCAAGGGGAUCCCUGGCUGCUUGGGAUCCACCAACACUUUGUCAAGUUUAUCCCCAGGCCAUCAAGCAAGCCCGUCUUCCUGCCUGUACCGCUUCAGCUGAGGCUAUACUUAGGCUGCAUCAACACAAGGGCAUCUUCUCGAUUGGCGACGCGUUCGGAUCAGGCUCAACAACAGCCGCAGACGGGGCAGCUCCGUCGACAGCAGGAGCUGACAGGUCCGAGAGAGGGAGGAGGAGGCACCGCCGCAAUACCUCUGGAUCAGUUGCCCUCAGAUUAGACUGGACGACCAAGUUUUUCGUGCUUAUUUCGGGAUACCUGCUCCAGUACACCGGGGAUGGGCCCUUGGACCGUCUGCCGGAGAAGGUCUUGUCGCUGGGAAAGGACUCAGCUGCCUUUGUGAGCGAUGUUAUUCCAGGACGUCACUGGGUAUUGCAGAUAACCGCUACGGCCGAUUCGGACUCUGCCGCCCCAGCAUCUCACGCCAGCUCAUUGCUUGCGCGACUGCCUUUUCGGGGUCAGGACAAAAGGCAGGCCUCCAAUCUUUUGAUGGUAUUCGAGAACGCGGCCGAUAUGGAGAGUUGGUUGGCCACGCUUAGACGCGAAAUCGAAGGCCUUGGAGGAAAGAAGAAGGUCUCCGAGACAGGAAACACAAAUAUCGAUAACGAGGCUUCAGAGCUUCGAAGCCAGACGAGCCAAAGAACCUUGGUAGUUGGUGAUUAUGGCAGGGCCACGUCUAAUGAUGCGUGGGACGGACGCCAGAGCACUUCGAAUCCGGAUAUCAAUAUGGACUUCGUUGAUGCUGAAGGGUCACGAGAUCAGUCCUUCGACGAGGCCGCGUCCACCGCUAGCGUGAUCUCCCACGAUGGUAGACAGUUAGACGGACUUAGGGAUAGUACCCAGCGGUUUUCAUAUCUGUCGUCCGGUCAGCGUACAGUUCUCACAUCAGCUGGAUCAUCACCAGCAUGCUCGCCUGUUCGCGACUCUUUUGCAAGCCUUCAGGACUCCAUACCAGAGCUCACCGCCCUUGAUGACCAACCCCGACCGCGACCAAGACCGAAUGCAGCAGCAAUCAGUGACAGAAGACAGUCUCUGCAGACGAUGAAUCAUGUCCUCGAAAUGCGUCUCGCCACUUCUCGGCUUCUUUCGGGUUCGAGUGCGUUGAAUUUGGAUCCCAGCAGCCCUUCAAGCUCUAGCAAACGAUCCAGUAAGCGUUAUUCGCUCGCUAGGUCAACAAAAUCUCUUCCGGAAGAGGAAGUUGAAUCAUCUUCUCCGCCCCCUCCGCUACCUUCUCAGGUCCGCGGCGGAUCACGGAAACCCCGGCCCUCGGCUCUAUACCUCAACACACGCCCGCUCUCAUUUGUGGAGGAUCAACCGUCGCCUGCAUCGCCGCCGCUUGAUGAGAACGGUGUUCCAAUUGAAGUAACCGUUGAAACAGCACCGGAGCCGGAGUCCCUUUUCUCGUCUUGGGGAUUGCCAGACGCAACCAAGCAACGUUGUGACAGGGGCGAGGACUGGGAGAAUCUUUCUCCCACGCAGCCUGUCACACAUGGUAGCCCUGAAAAGAGGUCGGGUUAUUUCCAGGCCGAAGGCAGCUCAUCAGCGGCUCCUCCGACAUCAGUGGCUUUCCAAGACAUGCUCAGAUCCACUUCAUCCAUCGGCAACUACCCAGGUAGCCCAUCGAAGCGCGUCGAUAGAAGAAGAUUCAGUCUGCAGUCUCAGCUCUCAGAAAGGUCAAGCGAACCUGGUCGCAGUUUUUUGGAUCUGAGUGACCUGGGUGACCAUCUCGGUGACCUUCCUCAGAUAUCUUCAACUUCACUUUCGAAGCAGGGAUCGAGACCAGCACCACAUUUUAGGUCUAUGUCGGUUGCCAACGGCUUGGGUCCGCGACGGAGUAUCACACAGCUGGCGGAAGGCCCUCCGCCUGCUCCCCCGCCGAAUCGAGCCCUUCCUCCAAUCCCGAGAAAAUCGUCACUUCAAGUCUGUCAAUCAGCAGCUUCACCUUGAGCUGUGACUUGCAUUUGCU